AUGAACAAGCUUAAAAAAAUUACAACGAUAUUAGAACAUUUGGAUAACGCAGAUAUGAACAUGAAAACUACUAUUACAUCUUUAACCCUUCUUAUGGUGUUGUUGUAUGUUGUCACAACAACUUUCUGCGAAUGCUCUGCAAACCCCGCAAAUCAACCUCAACAACAACAGUCGAGCAAUGCCACCACUCAAAACCAUUACAAGAUCGUUGGUCCAAAUACCUCCAUAGGACCCAUACUCGGUUGGAAAACUUCACCCUUCAUGGAAACUCUCUACAUUAUCAUGGCUUUUUUCUUGAUUAUUUUCGUGUUCCGUUUACUUUGGGCCUUUCUUCCUAAACGACUGCAUUUUCUUCACGCUUACGUUCCAGAGAGUGGCUUGUUGAUUGUGAUUGGAAUGAUUAUUGGUGGAUUUGUAGCGUUAGCAAAGGCCCAUCAAUUUAAUGAUGUCCUCACAUUCAAUGAGAGUAUUUUCUUCCUAUUGUUAGUUCCUCCCAUCAUUUUCCAAUCAGGUUAUUCCCUGCACAAGUCAUUCUUUUUUAGGAAUAUUGGUUUGAUUUUGUUGUAUGCUUUUUUAGGAACUUUUUUGGAUGCCAUGUUUUUAUCCUUGACGUUGUGGGGAUUUUCACACAUACCUGGUUUAUUUAAUGUGAAAUAUGAAUUGCUGCAAUUAUUCAUGUUUGGAGCGGCUGUUUCGAGCGUGGAUCCUGUUGCCAUUUUGACCGUCUUUGAAGAUGUGAAGGUCAAUGAGAGACUUAAUAUCAUAAUAUUAGGACAGAGCGUUAUCAAUGAUGCUGUCGCUGCAGUUCUCUCUGGAUUGUUUACCUCAUUGUAUUUGACUGAAGUAUUGAGUGGAGCUCCAGUGACCAUUACUGGUGAACAUGUGGGAUUGGCCAUUGCCAAGCUAUUAUGGAUGUCAUUGGGUGCUGUUAUAGUUGGAUCUUUGGUGGCAUUUAUUGGAUUGUUUCUUUCUAGAUUUUCAAAUCGAAUUGUCGUUCUUGAAUGUACCAUUGUCAUGUUGGUCCCAUGGGCUACCUACUUGUUCUCAGAGUCUCUACUCGUCAGUGGAAUUAUUGGUGUCUUGUGUUGUGGAAUUAUUUUAAGUAAUUAUCUUGGUUUGAACAUGACAGAGAAAAAUCAAGAAACCGCAAGCACUGUAUUGAAGCUCUUUUCACUCAUGUUGGAAGCCAUGAUCUUUUUAUACAUUGGUGUCUCCAUUGUAGCCAUUCCAUUACAUUGGGAUGGAUUUUUCAUUCUUUUUGCAUUGGUUUUCACAAUACUCUUUCGUUAUGUAAUCAUUUUUGGAUUGACUGGAAUUUAUAAUUUAGUUGAAACCGUUCGUAAAACCAAUCGAACAGUUUCCAUCAAGAAUCAAUUCAUCAUUGCGUAUGGAGGAUUGAGAGGCGCCAUUGCAUUUGCUUUAAUUUUCGUUAUUCCUUCGAACGAGGUAUUUAAGAGAUCGUUUUUAUCUGCCAUUUUAGUGAUUAUUUUGUUCACAGUAUUUGUGAUGGGAGGAACGAUUGGAUUGUUAUUGAAGUUAUUGAGAAUUCCUGGCAUGAGCAGGUCUCAACAAGAAACACGAGAUGCCAUUCAACGAAAUAUGAAUUCCAUUAAGGAAUAUGAAGCCUUAAUCUAUCGAGCGUUGAACUCAUUGAAACGUUUUCGAGACAAGAAGGAAGAAGGUUGGAAUGAUUCUCGUGAAACACUGAGAUUAACUUCUACAAAAAUUGAACAACUCAUCUCCAUCUUGAAGAAAGAUGGUACCAUUGAUUUUCAGAACCAGCAACACUUGACUCCUAGAAAUGUGAUUGCACUUCGACGGAAUGCAAAACGACAAGUUGUGUCUAGUUGGUCCACAUUUCUCAAGGGUCAACCAGUAGAAAACCUUCCAAAUGCAGUGCUUGCUGUUCAUCGAGUCUUUGAAACCAUUUCAAAGGUCAUUCGAAUCAUCAAGUCGGUAUCGAUCACAUUUUUCAUGACGAGAUGGAUGAAAACCUCGUUCUUUUUUUAA